AUGCAAGCUCGUGUAGACGCGGCCGGCCCGACCCGAGCGCGAUGCGAGCAUGAGGCCACGAGCCAUGUCGAAACGGGGCUUGAGGUGUCAUCGUACGACGUCAGGAAGCAUGAAAUCAAUUCAAAGACAAAAGUUUUCAUUGCUUCGGCGAGCCUCGACCGUUGUGCCCGUUCAAUCUCCGUGCAGGACCCCGUUCGCGGUCCAUAUCUCAUGCAGCAGACGCCGGGCCGCAUGCAGUUUAUUGCCGGCGGCAUGCAGCUUGGGAUCAGCAAAAAUACUGACUUUCACGAGCCGGCACCUACAGCUCAUGACUUGGCGUCGGCGAACUCUUGGCCGUACCCACACGCCCCCCGGAGUGCCACCAUGGCAGGGAAGGCCCGCGCCGACCCGGCCGGCCGUGACAGUGGCGGCGCCAAGAUGACCGCCGUCACCGACGACAUGGAAACGCUCUUCUUUUGA